UAUUUUUAUUAUUUUACCCAUACACACGAGCGACUGCAUGUGUUGAGGAUGUUUAUAUGAAGAGCAGCAGCUGAUCGGCCUCUGUAAUGGGUAAAGAUUACUAUAAUGUGCUCGGAAUAAGCAAAGGUGCGUCCGACGACGAGAUAAAAAAGGCGUACAGAAAACAAGCUCUUCGCUUUCACCCCGACAAGAACAAGUCAACCGGCGCUGAAGACAAAUUUAAGGAGAUCGCUGAAGCUUACGAUGUCCUGGGUGAUUCCAAGAAAAAGGACAUUUACGACCGCUACGGAGAAGAAGGAUUGAAGGGAUCAGCUGAUCAAGGUGGAGGGCACAGUGGUCCCAGUUACAGCUACACCUUCAAUGUAGAUCCUCAUGCCAUUUUCGCAGAGUUCUUCGGAGGCCGUGGCCAGUUUGAUCACUUCUUCUCACAGAAUGGAGAGGAUGACAUCAAUAUCAACGAUCCCUUCGGCACAUUAGGCAUGGGAGGCAUGUCAGGAAUGGGCGGGUUUCACAGAUCCUUCAAAUCCCAUCCAGGAGGCUUUCACGGAGCACGUGCGAAAAAGAAAGACCCGCCGGUGGUGCACGAGCUCAAAGUGAGCCUUGAAGAGGUUUUCUCAGGCUGCACAAAAAAGAUGAGGAUUUCUCGCAAGAGAUUGAGUCAAGACGGCUCCACCAUGCGUAACGAAGACAAGAUUUUAACAGUGGACAUCAAACGUGGCUGGAAGGAGGGCACAAAAAUCACAUUUCCCAAGGAGGGCGAUGAAACGCCUUCCAACAUUCCUGCAGAUGUGGUGUUUGUGGUCAAGGACAAACCUCAUGCUGUGUUCAGAAGAGAGGGCUCUGAUAUAAUUUAUCCUACAAAAAUUUCUCUUCGAGAGGCGUUAUGUGGAUGCACAAUCAACGCUCCAACUUUGGAUGGCCGGACCAUCACUUUGACCUCCAGAGACGUCGUCAAACCUGGGACGAAGAAGCGAAUCUCCGGAGAAGGACUUCCUCUGUCCAAAUAUCCUGAGAAGAGAGGUGACAUGAUCUUGGACUUCAGUAUUAAAUUUCCAGAAAAACUGGGCCAAAGCACACGCGAUGCACUGGAGAAGAUUCUUCCCGUGUGACUCCCUUAAAAAAAUGACGGGUUAGCAUUUCUAGAAACUCUGCUGAACUGCGUCACAUUUUGGCCUAAAUGACCGGCUCAGGGUAGAUUUUUUAUUUUAUUUUUUUUUCUUCAAGCUGUGUUUAAAUGAACUGUCUGAACACCAACUCUGUUUCGGGUGAGAAAGGAAAAAACACAUUCACGGUGGGGUUUUUUUUCCCCAAUAAAAUGUUUCUAAAAGGUCAUUAAAUCACAAUACUUGAUUGAUUUCAACUGAGAACUUGCUUUCAAAGCAAACAUUUUUGGGAGUGCUUUAAUAUAACACGCAAGCUACUUACCAAGACGUCAAGUGCACAUUUAAGUGUUCUUGAGUAAAGAUAAUGGAGAAUACCAACACUAACCAUAUUAAAAGUAUAAACUUUAAAUAGAUUUUUCAUUUACUAUUAAGAUAUGAUGACGUUACAUAUGACUGAGUUACACAUUCUGGUGCAGCAGUUCACAUCCAGGCCUCUAGGGGGCAGUGCUGGAUGCAGGACCAGGACAGAGUCCUCCCUGGACACGUGACCAAUCUAUCAAUCGACAGUUUGUACAGAUAAUAUUUAAGAAAGUGAAAGGACUUCUGGCAGAUCUGUUUAAGUACUGACAGAAGUCUGACUGCAAGACGUAAAAGAUGGCACGCGAUAAAAUGUUUACUUUGUACACAAAAUCUCUAUGUAAAAUAUUUGUUGGAAGACAAAUGUGUGCCAAAAGCUCUCCCCCUGUAAUUAAAAUAUGUGUGGUUUUAAAAGUGUCAUUGUAUAUUCUGUCAUGUCGGAUUUGUAACUGCAGCUGCUUAAUUUGUACCUUGUUAAAAUGUAUAAAGUACGUAUGAUCUUUUAUAUAAAUAUCAUAUGUAUUUGAUACCUGAGUUCCUGCUUAUCCGCAAUGAAAUACCUUUGUUAAGUUUUUAAACAAAACAGUAUAAGUCUGGUGCGUCAGGUGGUAUAUUACAGACAGUACAAUGUGUAAGCACCCCCCCUUAUUAAAAUCCCUUAUUUAAUUAUUCUGUGUUGUAUCAUGACGUCUGAAAGCAUUCACACCAGGAUGGACAUUCUGGUAAUGACUGUUUACACAUUCUAGCGGGCAUCCUGACGAACUUUAGGACUUGGUUCUAUAUUUAGUUUUGCUAAUGAUAGAAGUUAUGAAGAAGAAACAAUGUCACUGCCAGAUAUCUUGACAGGCUCCACUUGCUGCUUCAUCCUGCUCCUGCUGGAGUGUCGAGUUUCUAAUACGAAGAUGUUGUUUAACAUGGAUGUAGAGAUGUGCAAUCUCUGUAAUUUUACUGUUUGUAAAAUGUAUUUCUUUUUCAAGGAAAAUGAAAGAAUAUUGAUUUUAAUUCAAGAUUAUGUUUUAAAAUCUCUAGUUGAGAUUUAAAAUGCUUUGAUUUUAAACAAAAAUGUGUUUGUGGAUUGAUUUACAGGGUGGAUUUUUUUAAAAUGUCCUUUCCUAUGCUGUGAUAAUCUGCACUUUCAAUUAUUAAAGAAACUGGCUAACAAACAUCCACAAAAUCGGCUUAGGUCGCAACCUGUUUAAUUUGUUAAGGGGAAAACAUUAACUAAUUCAUUUCAAAAUAUGUUAUUAUAUCACAUUCACAGUAAAAGUAAUCUCAAUGCACUGCAUGGUAUGGGGCUCUUUAAAAAGGUUCAAUGUUUUUCAAGUCAAAAAAGUCCAAAUUUUUCUAUAAAUGAUCAAAUAUGUUACAGCUGAAUCCAAUUCCCUCUCAGAUGAAGCUUCUUCCCAUAAUGGGGCACAUGUAAUACAUUUUUAUCAUGAGAUCAACAAAU